AUGGCAGACUUAGCUUCAUUAGAGAGUACGCAUAGGAUGAUUAAAGCAUCAUUUGACGCAAUUCAUAAAUAUAUCAGUAGCUUUAGUGAGGGCGGUAACAUUAAAACGUUAUCAGUACGUAAACAAAAAUUAGUCGAGAGAAGUCACGAUUGGGACGAAAAUUAUGUACAGUUGGAAGCAAUCAGUCCAGGUACGCAUACUACUGAAUACCUUAAGUACUCAGAGCUUUAUUUUGAUAUGAUGUCGGAAAUAGAAACAAUAAUUGACCGACAUCAGAAACCUAUUGCGAAAGGUGCUCACGCUUCAAUAGAUGUGAAAUUGCCCGAUAUCAUAUUACCUAAAUUCAAUGGGGAAUAUAAUGAAUGGACAGCCUUUAUAGAUAUUUUCAAUAGUUUAAUUCAUAAUAAUUCUAAAUUAGCACCUGUACAAAAAUUGCACUAUUUAAGAGGUGCACUCACAAAUUCAGCUUCCAACUUAAUCUCCACAAUCAGUAUUUCUAAUGAGAACUAUGAUAUAGCUUAUGACCUCAUAGUUAAAACAUAUAACAAUAAAUUUUUGAUUAUUAAUUCGCACUUGCAGAGUAUAGAGAAUAUUCCAGCUAUUAAUAAAGGAAGUUUUGAAAAUCUGAGGGCCCUUUUAAAUAGUGCAAGACAACAGAUACAGUCAUUAAAGGUCCUAUAUGAACCUGCCGAGCAUUGGGAUGUAAUUUUGCUGUUCAUGCUGAGUAGGAAACUUGAUACUGGUACGAAGGUUGCCUGGAAUCUGUCUAGAACGUCAGGGCAGUUACCAUCCUUAGUGGAAUUUUUUACUUUUUUGGAACUUCGGGUAACUGCUUUGGAACAUUCGUGUAGUUCAGACAGCAAACCAGCGUCAACAAAGAGUGUUCAUACCAUUGUCAAGAGGCCUACACAGUCAUGUAUUCUUUGUAAAGGGGAGGAUCAUGCCUUAUAUAAGUGUUCCAAUUUUAAAUCAUUAGAUACAGAAGCUAGAAAGAGCUUCAUUAGUAAACAUGGGAUAUGUAUUCGUUGUUUGGCAUCUCGACAUAGUGUGGCUAAGUGCAGAUUCAAAUACACCUGUGGAAAAUGCAAAGCCUCUCACAAUACCUUGCUACAUAAGGAUCCUGAGCCUGUGCCCAGCACUUCUCAAAGUAGCACGGUUUGUAUGGCUAGCAACACAGGCGUACAAACCUUGUUAUCAACUGUUUCGCUUAUUGUCAUUGACGCGGAGGGAGCACAACAUACGGUGAGAGCACUUUUAGACAGUGGGUCUCAGAUAAAUCUUAUAACUAAUUCUCUUUUGGCGAAAUUGAAAUGUCCCAUUAACUCAGAGGCAGUAAAGUUGACUGUUAAAUCUAGGCUGGGUGCGUUCUCUAGAAACAUUAAUUGUGUGAUUGUGGAUAGAAUUACGCAUUCAUUGCCAUCUGUAUUUAUAGAUUAUGAAGGCUGGAAGAUUCCUGACAAUGUCUCGUUGGCAGAUCCGUCUUUUAAUGUGCCUGGCAGCGUGGAUAUGCUGAUAGGAGUAGAAUUAUAUUUUGAUGUUUUGCAGCAAGGAUGUAUUAGGCUAGGGAAUCAUCUUCCUAUUUUAAGGAAAAGCUCUUUCGGAUGGUUGAUUUCUGGUGUCUUUAAGGCAGAACUUCAAGGUAAUGUACACGUUGGUCUUAUUUCUAAUGAGGAUCUUCACAAUAGUUUGACGAAGUUUUGGCAGUUGGAAGAAAUUUCUUCAGACAAUGCUAUGACGGGUUCAGAUAAGCUAUGUGAAGAUCAUUUUAUGGCCAAUGUUGCACGCCUUGAAAAUGGCCAAUUUGAGGUAGCCUUGCCAUUUGUGGAAGACCAGGUCGAAAGGCUUGGAUCAUCAUUUGUUACUGCAAAACAUAGAUUCUUGAAUUUAGAGAGGCGGUUUGCUAGGGAUGUCAGCUUGUUUGAAGCAUACUCCAAAUUUGUAAGAGAGUAUAUUGAUUUAGGUCAUGCUGAACAAAUUGUGUUAACUCCGGAGGAAGCUGUCAGGAAUGAUUAUUAUUUUUUGCCUCACCAUCCAGUGGUAAAAGAUGGAAAUUUCAGUAAGAUACGAGUUGUGUUUGAUGCUUCAGCAAAGUCAUCUUCAGGUAUCUCGCUGAAUAAUAUCUUACACACUGGACCAAAAUUACAACAAGACCUUUUUUCCAUUUUAGUUAGGUUUCGGUGCCAGCAGUUUGUUUUUGUGGCGGACAUUGUCAAAAUGUACCGUCAGAUUAAGGUUCGAAACGAGGAUCAAAGGUAUCAGUUAAUAAUAUGGAGAGAUAAUCCCCAAGAGAUUUUGAAAUUUUUUAGGCUCACAACUGUGACAUAUGGCACGGCAUGCGCUCCUUACUUGGCUAUGCGGUGUUUGAAGAUGCUUGCUCAAAGCAAUUUGACAACAUAUUCAAGGGCUGCACAAGUUUUAGAUAGGGAUUGUUAUGUCGAUGACAUUAUCACAGGAGCGAACACUUCGGACGAUCUUGUUAGGAUACAAGGGGAGAUUGUCAGGUUAUUAGGUGAAGGUGGUUUCUCGUUGCACAAGUGGUCGAGCAAUUGCAGAGAGGUGCUGCAAGCAAUUCCUGAAAAGAAUAGAAGCUCAGCUGUAGCCUUGUUUUCAGAAGGAGAUACAGUCAAAACCCUUGGCCUCGCAUGGAAUCCUUCACAGGAUUGUUUUAAGAUCUCACAAAUUAAGGUUUCGGUUGCGGAGGCCCAGCAGGUUGUUGAUACCAAGCGGUCUGUGCUAUCAACUAUAGCACAGAUCUAUGAUCCAAUUGGGCUCGUAUCUCCUGUUACUGUUACAGCUAAGUUAGUUAUGCAGGAGUUGUGGAGGCAUAAUCUGGAUUGGGAUGAAGCAUUGUCGCGAGAACUGCAAGUUAGGUGGGAUUUAUUUAAAAAUCAUUUGUCGGAUCUUGAUAACCUGACUAUUCCGCGUUGUGUGUUCCAUUCGGUUCCUGUGGAUAUACAAUGCCAUGGGUUUUCAGAUGCAUCGUUGCUUGCAUAUGGGGCGUGUAUAUAUCUUCGAGCAACAUAUGCAGAUGGAACGGUGUCAUCUCAUUUACUGUGCUCUAAAUCAAAAGUAGCACCAUUGAAAAAUGUCACACUGCCAAGGUUGGAGUUAUCUGCGGCUUUGUUAUUAGCAAAGCUUUAUAAGCAGAUAACAACAAUAUCGGACAUUAAAAUCUCUGAGACCUUCUUGUGGUGUGACUCAACUAUUGUUCUUGCCUGGUUGAAGACGGAUCCUUCCCUAUUGAAAAUGUUCGUGAGCAAUAGGGUUGCGGAAAUUUUAGAUCACACGCCAGGCACAGUGUGGAGACAUGUCUGCAGCAAAGAUAAUGCGGCCGAUAUAGUAUCCAGAGGUGUGAAAACACCGUCAGAAUUAAUUGGGUAUAAUCUCUGGUGGCAUGGGCCAGCUUGGUUGUUGCAGGAUCCCACUAAUUGGCCUCAGAGGUUUGUUGAGACUGGCACAGAAGCAAUUCCAGAGCGACGAGUAUUAACAGCAACGACUGUUACUGCUUAUAAUGAGCAUUUGAAGUUAGUGUUAGAAAAAUGUUCUACCUUCAAUAAAGCAGUAAGAGUGGUUGCUUAUUGGAUUCGGUGGCCAGAAAUGUGUCGUCCAGAUAGGGGCUCCAGGCGUUUAGGGUCAUUGUUAGUUGACGAGAUAGAGAGGGCCUCUAGGCGCAUUGUUUAUUUAGCACAAAGAGAGGUUUUUGGCAAUUUGGCUGAUCAGUUAAGUUCUGGUAACCAACUUGACACCAACUUCAGCAAGCUGAAGUCAUUAAAUCCUUUUGUGGAUGCCGAAGGCUUGCUUAGAGUAGGUGGAAGGUUGGAAAACGCAGACGUAAGUUACGACCAGAAACAUCCCAUUAUAUUGCCGAAAAACCAUUUAGUGACUGACCUUCUAACUCGCUCGGAACAUGAGAGGUUAUUGCAUGCUGGCACACAAACAACAUUGGCAAACAUAAGACUUAGGUAUUGGCCUAUUGACGGACGAAACACAGUAAAACGAAUUAUUCAUAAGUGUGUGAAAUGCGCUAGAUUCAGAGCAGCCAGUACUGAACAAUUAAUGGGAAGCUUGCCUAAGGAUAGGGUCACUGCCUAUCGACCUUUUCAGGUGGUAGGGGUUGAUUUUGCAGGUCCAAUUGAAUUAAGAACCAGUAGAUUAAGAAAGGCUCCGCGCAUUAAGGCAUAUAUUUGUUUGUUCGUCUGUAUGGCCACUAAGGCAAUUCAUAUUGAAUUAGUGACAAGUCUUUCUACAGAAGCCUUCAUGUCAGCUUUGCGACGCUUUAUUGCACGGCGCGGUUGUUGCUCCGUGAUCCAUAGUGACAAUGGGAGAAACUUUGUUGGUGCCAAAAAUGAGUUACGGCAAUUAGCCACAUUAUUUCAAUCCGAGAUGUCCAAACAAGAAAUCAUUUCGUCGUCUGCUCGGUUGGGGAUAACGUGGCAAUUCAUACCCUCUCAUGCACCCCACUUUGGAGGUUUAUGGGAGGGAUCUAUAAAAGUGAUGAAGCAUCACAUUCGUAGGGUUAUCGGGUCGCACUGUCUCACGUUCGAAGAGUACAUGACAGUAUUGUUACAGAUCGAAGCUGUACUUAAUUCGAGACCACUUCUUACCCUCACAGAUGAUAGCUCUGAUAUAUCUUAUAUUAGCCCCGGUCACUUUUUAAUUGGUAACGCCCUAACAUCUUUUCCAGAACCAUAUAACGAUAUUGCAAAUGUCAAGGCAACUAAAUUAUUCAAACAAAUAGCAGAGAUGAAAGAUAAGUUCUGGUCUUUAUGGUCGAAACAGUAUUUGUCAGACCUACAAAAAAGACAAAAGUGGUCAAAAGAACGGCCAAAUAUUGAAUUAGAUACAAUAGUUCUAUUGAAAGAGGACAAUGCGCCUCCAUUACAUUGGCCUAUUGGCCGUAUAAUAGGUACAAGUCCUGGACUUGACGGCAAGAUCGAGUUGGAUAGAGCUAUAUUGCCUGGGGAAAAAAUUUAA